GUGACAGAGCCACAAAAGGAGGGAAUUUUAGUUUCCGAAACCUCGUUUCUCAGAAAACGAAAAGAAUGCUGCAGAAACUGUGUUUGAUGGCUUCUCAUGGAUGCCCUCCAGGGAUUGUUAUGCAGCAAGAGCUGGCCAUGCUCGGUUGCAGCAUUACCAAGGGUUGUCAACCAUUGUUGCCUUUUGAACCUAAACCAGAAAUGAUCAGAUAUCGGUCAUGUUUUAGGCCAAAUCCAUUUGAGGAGUUGAGCAAGUCCGAAAAAGAGUGGCUCAAUUCUAAUCAGAUUGUCAACGUGAACUUGUCAGCUCAAAGUCAAGGGCCCUUGUUUAUUGAUGUUCAAGGUGUGCAGGCAGCUUACUGAGUUGUGUUUUUGAUCCAGCUAUUUGAUGGUUAACUCUUUCUACAAUGUUAUGUGAUUGUUUACUUUUUUCUGAUUUGGUUAGCUCCUAGGUACACCACUUAAGUUUUAUUCGGUGAUGUAAUAACUAAUAAUCCAGCAUAUACACUCUCAGUUUUGUUGUAAAGUGGCUUAUAUUUAUGUAUGGGUAUCUUGGGCCAAUGCGUGAACCUGCUGAAAAUGCUGUGCAAGCGGACAAUGAAGUUUUGAGGCACUCCGUGCAGUAUGGACCUAUAUAUAUAUAUAUAUAUAUAUAUAUAUAUCGUAAAUUUGUAAUCAGUAGUUAGAUCAUAGACUGUACUAAAUCUUAGCAACUGUGGGAAUUUGGAUGUAUUGAGAUUAUGGUUUGAGAGUUGAGAGAAGACUACUUGUAAUCUUCAUUGAUUGUAGUGAAUUUUCUCUGUAUUUUGUGUCAGUGGAUGUAAGCCUAUAGUGUGGUACUUUGCUGUAGGUUGAACGGUGUUAGUUUUUCUUUUCUCUUUACUAGAAGCACUAUGGGAGUAAGGACCAUUUAUUCCAAGUUACCAAUCAAGGCGCCAAUGACAUGCUUGAUAUCCAAGAGUGGCAAGCAGAGGCCCAUGUAGAGGAUUACCUACAAGGACUUUUUUCCCUCCACCUUGGGAAGAGAUGACCAUCAAGCAAGACUACUAGUCAAGGGAGGAGUGGAAUCCAUCCACAUCGAUCAUUCACCUGGAUAUAAUAAUUUUGUCAUUAUGCAUGGUGCCUCUCAACUUAUGCCAUUAUGGACAGCUUGUGUGUGUCUCUUGUGUAUUGAUUAUGCCUCUUUCUUUCACUUACUACUUUAGUGGUGAAAUGUUAAAUUCAAUGACCAAAAGAUUAUGGUAAUACCUAACUGAUGAAGGUUGAUUCUCUCUCAGCAACUUGUUCAAGCACAGUACUUUUCGGCUUUGGCAUAGUUGAAAAAUGCACUGAGCAUGAUAAAAAUUUGCAGUAUAUCAUGUCUGAGAUUGCUGAAACAGGGAUAGGUGGAGUACAUAUGUCCUUGUCUGAUUUGAUGGAUUUGCAAUUGUCAGGCAUUGAUGAACCUCAACAACCUUUGGCACCUUUUAUCCCAAAAAGCAAAUUCUACAUCCCAAAGCCUUUGGUAGAUAUUUUUCAAGAUUCAGCCCUUAGUUCAAAGAUUAAAGUUCAUCCAGAUGGUCAAGUGACAUUUAUGGGUACCGCAAUUGAGAUGAAAGAUCUUAUUUCUGUAGUUGCUGAGUCAUAUUUAUCAGAACAUGUGCGGAAGGCUGAAAAACAGUCUAUGCUUGUUCCCCACUUCAGUAGGAUGAAUAUCAAUAAAGUAGAAGCUGGAAAUCAUUCCUCCACAUUGGAUAUUCGAUCGACAUUGACUGUUCCUGUGAGGAGUCCUGAGAAAGUCAAAGUCAAGCCAUCACAAAAAAAGAACAAGAAAGUAGCCAGAGAGAGGGAUCUCUACAAGAAAAACUACUUGCAUGCAUGUGAGAGCCUUCUGUCCUUAAUGGUUGACAAGAGAAAACACAGGAAAACAGCAAUUCUGUCAUUGAAGAAAUCUGGUCCUGAACUUCCUCAGCUCCUGACACAAUUUUCAGUGGGCAUUGCCGGUACUGGUCUUGCUGUCCUGCUAUCCGUGAUCUGUAAGCUAGCUUGUGGAAGGGUUCCUUUCUGUGCAUUUAAGCUCUUCAACACAGGGUUCGGAUUUGGGUUGGUUUGGCUUUCUUGGGCAGUUAACAAGCUAGGGGAUACAAUUGUCAGCAUAAACAAGAAUACAGGAAAGCUAGGACUGAAAGAUGAGGAAAUGAUUCAAAAGGUGGAUAAGAGCCUGAGAGAAGUUUACUUUAGAGCCGCGGCAUUGCUAGCAGUGGCAAUACUAAGGCUAGCUUGAAUACUAUCUCCUAGGACAUGAUCAUGUCAGUUUGUAAAGCUGUAAGUGCCGCAGGCGUGAACAUUGGACCAACUGUUAUACCUGAUCUGUUGGAUGUCCAUGUCCAUGGAUUUUGGGGAAGUGAUAGCAAAAAAAAUCUUGGUUUCAAAGCAAUUGAACCUUUACUUGAUCUCACAAGCACAAAAUUGUGGCCGUUUGGCUUGCUCGGUGCUUGGCUGAUGUACUUACGGUAUGGUCAGUACCUUGUUUCUAUAAUCCAAGCAAGCAACAUAUUCGUUUGCUUGCAUUUAUAGCAGCAAGACAAAUUGUAAAGUGUUGCGUAAAAUUUUGCAAUGAGAUGGAUAAACUGACCGUGUUGGUGAAAUUAUCAGGUUCCCCCUCUUUAGUUUCUACAUAAGCUGGAUAUCAGUUGCAAUUGCAACCAAAGGAUGCAUAUCCUUGCAUGGAUUAUCAAUGCCAAGAGAUUUCAGCUCUCGCUUUCAUAUUCUGUCAGAAUCAUAAUUGUCGUGUUUAUAGUUAAAGUGCAGGAACACAAGUUAUAGACUGAUAAACUGAAUAAGCAAUAUUUUGUGAUUUACC